AUGGUCGCCGCCGCUUCUGAGAGAGCCCAUGGGGUCGCCGACGCCUCUGAGAGGGCCCCGGGGGUCGCCGCCGUCCCUGGGAGGGUCUGUGGGGCUGAUACAGCUCCUGGGAGGGUCCCUGGGGCGCCGCCGUCUUUGAGAGGGUCCAUGGGGGCGCUGCCUCCCCUGGGAGGGUCCAUAGGGGUGCCACCACCCCUGGAAGGGUUCCUGGGGGCGUCGCCGCCCUUAGGAGGAUCUCUGGGGGCGCCGCCGUCCCUAAGGGGGUCCCUGGGGGCACCUCUGACCCUGGGAGGGUUGGUGAGUGCGAUACUGCUCCUGGGAGGGUCGCUGGGGGCCCUGCUGCCCUUAAGAGGGUCCCUGGGGGCGCAGUCGCUCCUGAGAAAGUUCCUGAGUGCGCCGCUGCCUCUUGGAGGGUCCCUUGUGGCGCAGCCACUCCUGAAAAGGUCCGUGGGGGCGCCACCGCCUCUGGGAGGCCUCCUAGGGGCACCACCGACCCUGGCCGGGCCUUUGGGGUAG